CGAGACUGUGAAAUGUCGUCGAGCUACUUCCCAGAUACGAUCCCGUCGACGGUUCCGUUGACGAAGGAGCUGGAGGCGCUGCUUGAGUUUUUGACGAACCAAAAGCCUGUGGGGGUGGGCGAUCGCGAGUUCAAUGAGCUAUCCCACCUGAGCGAGAAGGAGCUCGACGUCAAGAUCCGCGAGCUUGAAAACUGGAACUUCCGCCUCAACCUCGAUGAAGCAAAAGCGAUGCAAGAGAGUAUCAGCCUUGGCAUCGCCGGAAACGUCCGAAAACCGUAAAUCGCCCAGAACCCAUGAUAAUAACUGUACGUGUCUAUAAUUAGUUAGAAUUCCGUCGCGUUUUAGCGAUUAUUGCUGUUAAUCAAUUGAACCGCUGGAAGCAUCGACUUUC